GUGAUUGAAUUUGGAUGUUGAAAAUCUGCUAUCUCAUAUACUAGAAGUAUCUCUAUUUAACAACAGGGGACUUUUCUCUAUAUAUAAACGUAGAAAUUAAUUGAAGAUAUAUUAAUAAAAAGUGAACCUUCAAUUUUCCAAAAUUAAACGUAAAGUCCCGAACAACUAUAUUUAUAUGUUGCAUUGCAGCUUUGUAUACGUUUUACGCUUGCACGUUUAUUUAAUACUCGCGAUAAAGAAUCGGUUGUAUACUAAACAAUAUUACAUGCCAAACCACUUCGCCAUAUCACACGUCUGAACAAUGUAUUUUUUUUUACUUUACAGUGGAAGUCAAGAUGGUGCGUUAUGCGGAAAUUAUCGCCAGUGGCAGAUUGCUUGCAUUUGCAACUUUAUGGGGACAGUAAGGACCGUUACAAGCAAGGCCAAACGAAAGCAUCCCUGAGCUUGCAACACUUUCUGGGAGUGGAGAGUGGUUUCACCCUCGACAAAGAAUCCAAUACGAUCGCUAUAAUUUGCCAAGAUGUGACAGUCGUCCUCGCUUUCGAUACGCGAGAGCGAUUGAUACAGUGGCAAGUUAAGAUCUCCAACAAUUUAGGCGAAGAUCAGCAGUUCUUGAUACUCAUCUCCUCGGUGCCAUCGAAAGCGAAGUUCAGUAAUGGGCCGGCGCACUUGCACAUUCAGGACCGUCGAUUCUGCAUCACCAUCGGCGUGCCCCCCCGGCUCGUCGGUAUCUGGGAAAUCGCGCAUCUCCGACGAUACGGCGUGGUCGAGGGCAGAUUUUGCUUCGAGGGCGGCUCGAGAUGCGGUCGGGGGGAGGGGCUGCACGUCCUAAUAACCGAUCAGGGGGACGACAUAGUCAAAACGUUGCAGUUGGCGGCUGAGGGGAAGCUCACCACAAAGAAACGAUCGCCGCUUGGUAGAGAGCAAUUGUCGUUGCAGGACAGUCCGGGGCGACGUCAGUGUUCCCGCGCCGAGACCAGAGCCAGCGAUUUCUUCUCUUCGGCCGUGUAUUCAACGUCGACGUACGAGGAGCACUGCGACAGCUGCAAGAAUGAGAGCUCGCCGUAUUGGUCGUCCACGGAGAGCAGGCAACAAACGGAGAUCGAUGGCGAUUACAGCUGUAGAGACACGGUGUCCAUUUCGGAGCUACCUGAUCAACAGCCCGGUGGCGAGUGGCGUAGCUGUUCGCUCACUCGUCAGGGUGCGACGGGCCUCGAGAGGUGCGCGAGUUGCAUCAGUAAACUCGGCACUGUCUCGAAAUCAUCGACCUUGAUCACCACGACCAUGAGCGGCAUAAGCAGUCCCGCUGCAAGCACGUUGAACAAUCUAGGAUGUCACUUGCAACCCCGUACCUUCGACCGACUCUCUCUGUCCUCGUACAGCAGCAGCAGUCACGAGAGCGAUUAUUCCAGCUCGCAGCAAAUCGAGUGUCAAUGUGCGCAGUCGAAAACCGCCCAGUCUCAGGCAGCGCAGACGACGGCUCGCCAAAUGUCACCGAGCCCGAGCACGUUACCGCCGAGACCGCCGAAACCGUCCCAACCGCCCUCACUGCCAACAACCAGCCAGUCCGUCACUGCCAAGAAGCCUAAGAAACCGCCGAUGCCACUUCCUGCUGAACAGCAAGUCUGCGUGCACGCUAGGAAACCCCAACAAUCUCAACAAGCUCAGCAACAACCCCAUCAACCUCGCAGCGGCACUGCGGGACCCUACGAGAACUACGACAUUCCCAAAACGAUUCUAGGGCAUCACAUGUUGCUGGAACAAGGUCCGCAACCGGACCAGUAUUACGAUACACCGAGGAAAAUUAAGGAAUGCCUCACGCUGCCGAAAACUUAUCCCAAUUACGACACACCUCAGGUGCCGCAGGCUGUGGUCCUGCAAGGAUGCGGUUGCCCGGCAAAACUCAAAGUACAGUCGCCUAGAUCUUCGGGAUGCCCUUGUCACAAUGUCAUGAGCUGGGCCGGCUUUGUCUUACCCUACUGCCGACGUGGCGCGGGAAUCGAGCCUACCGGCGUCACGGUUCAUCCCGUGAAGCUGUCGGGCGAGGGCAAGAUGCCGGUAGUGAACGCCAGUGGAGAAGUUGCCAUUUACGCAACGGCCAAAAGGGUAAACAAAAGCGAAUCCGCCGACGGGAAGUCUACGGAGAACUGCGGCUGUGCCGCGGCAAGUAAAUCCAACAAUUACGAGAACGUCGAACCGGUGAUAGACACGCAACCGGAAGCGAAGCAAGCGAAUUACGUCAACAUCGAUUUUACGCAAUCGCUGGAGCAUUACGAGAACAGCAAGGAUGUUCUAACGAAGAGCAGUAUCUCGCAGGAAGAGAUUGAGAAAUUCGCGGAUCAGCUGAAAGAACCAGCGCCCGAAGCGCCGAGCGACAAUACUUCGAAGAUUUGCGAGAAAUGCGGCCACGCGAAGGAAAAGGAAAACGAUUAUUUAGUCAUGGAUCCGGAUAAGCAAACCUCGAAGAAGCCCUUCCCUGCUUAUUUACCGAUGCAACCGGCGCACAACGCUUGUUCAAAGGAAAUCUUGUCCAGGCUUUGCAGCGGCAUCAAGAGUUCCAGCAAUCCGACGUUAUCGGGCUCCACGUUGCUUGAGGUGAAUAAGAAGCGUUCGGACUCGGAGUAUCGCGUGCCAGGAUCGGCGAUGUUGUCCAGCCCGUAUCUCAGGCGUCGUUAUCUGGACGUGGGUAAUGUUACGGAGGCCGGCGGUAGUGUAGGCAUACUUCUCAGGAAGCGAUCUUACUCCGCGGAGUCCGCGCAUUACUUGGACGAUGAGAGCCACACUUUUCCGUCCACGCUUACCAUCCACAAGUGCUCGAGCGAAGCGGACAAGAACUCUUUGGUGACCGGCGAGUCGCACAGCUCGUGCGUCAACUCCGAGAGUAAGAUCAACAGUAGCCACGAGAGCGGGCAGAUGUUGACGGCCGCGUCUCAGCCGUCGUUCAUAAAGAUCCGACGCUCGUCGUCCGUGCCAUCCAAGACCGGGCACAAUAGAGAUUCCUCGAGCAGCAACGAUUCCGGCGUAUCCACCGGCUCGUUGAGCCACCGAACGGCGGAAUUCGUCGAGUUCGAGCUGUCAUUGGCGACACCCGCCGCCUCGACAGUAAAGCAGAACAUGCUGUCGGUCUGCCGCAAAAGCCCACCGCCCACGUGCUAUCACAGCAGCCUGCCGAGGAAGUCCAAGUCCAGCGAUCCUCUUCGUGAGAUUUCCUUCCAGUUUCAGAAGAUCAAGAUACCGACGAAAUCUUCGUCUGCGGAGGCCGACAUACCCACGUGUUUACCGAAGACCACGAAGGGCUUCAACAGCCCCGGUGAGGUCUCCAAUACACCUUAUAUCGAUUCACGAAGUACCAGCAGCGGUACCUCCGACAUGUCAGAUUACAUCGAAACUUUGUCGUUGUCCUCACACUCUUCGUCCGAUACGCCUGACAGUCUCAGAUUAGGAGGCAGAACAGUAGCAACAACUCUUCGACCUCGUAGCGGGAAGGAAUACUAUAAGAUUGAUCGAAGUAUCUUGGUAGAGCAGGGACGGAUUCUCACAACGGCAUCUGCCAAUUAUGCAAAUAUCACUCCAGUAUUAGAAAAGAGCGAAUCACCGUCACCUGGUUAUAUGAGCAGUUCACCCUUUGAGCAACCACAACCUACUCGUGAGCACUUUCUAUUCCCCGAAGAAGCUUGAACGUAAUAAUAUUGUUUGGGAAAAAAAGAGUUAAAAACUUCAAGUUCCUAGGAAUUCCAAACAAAAAAAGAGUAAAAGUAUUCACGGUAGAAAUUAUAAUUGGGGCAUUGUGACUAUUUACACUAUACGCGGAUAUCUGGGGUUACAAGCACUUUCGAAGUAUCUAUCAUUCGACACAUACCAAUAUAUACGUAGUAUAGUAUGUCAAAUAAUCAAAAGUCUAUAAUUCUUAAGACCACGGAAGCGCUCUUUAACCAAAUUCGGACAUUCGUUUCAAUGAUGUUUUCGUAAAGUCUUCCUCUAAAGAGCACAAUCAUAAUCUUAAAAAAUGUAAAAAAAAGGAAUAUCAAUCUACAAAAAUCUAGGUACUAGCGUAUAGUCGAAAUAAUGUCAGUAAUCAAACACUUCCUACAACGACUCAAACAAUUUCUAAAAUAUGCUCAAUAAGAAACUAAUAGUUUGUAUAGUAAGAAUCCUGCCCUAGGGUAAAAGAUAUGCAUCUUAUACUUUAUAUGGGUAUAUCGUUUUUUAAAUACUUUCUUAUUUUGUAUGAGUAUACUCUUCUAUAUAGACUAUUGUACAGUCAUCUUUAAAAAAAUUUAAUGAGAUUAAUAACUCUUAGAAUUUCAAAUCAGAGUUCUUAAAAUUUUAUGGAACGAUAAAUUAAGGUACGACAAAAUUAUAACAUCAGAUCAUGUCCUUUUUCGAUCCUACAAUUUGAAAACGUUGAAGUGCUAGUUUAUACUUGUUUCUAGAUUUUACAAACUCAAAUUGACAGUGUAUAAAAUAGGAGUGACUCCAAUGUGACAAAUGUGCAAAGUAUUGAAAACAUUGUCGUUGUAAUCGAUUUCUCUGUAAUCUAUGAAGUUUUAAGAAUUCGUAUUUGGAAAAUACAAUUAGAGACCAUUUGUUUGUACUGAUUGAAAAAAAAUAUCUAUCCACAUUCUGUACAACAAAAAAUGCACUGAAUAUAGUCAGUUGCAUAGCAUUCACAGGGUUUUCCUACUUACAAGUUACUUUUUAAAGAUUAAGAUAAAAUGUUACAGCCUUUAAUGGUCUUCUUUCUAAUGGGACACACAUGGUGUGUGUAAAUACCAUAGUAUCUGGGCAAUCAAAGACGGCACUAUAUAUAGAUUAUAAUCAAGUAUUUCUGAACAAGAUUUACGAAAUGCGUAAAGAUCGAGUUGUUUCAGGAUUUUGAUAAUCGCCAAUAUUUCUGAGUUUUAUACAACAUAUUUUUAAAAAUCUUUUACAUUUCAACUGUUUUUAUCAAAUCUUUUUGAUAUCAUGAAGUGAAAUGACUUAAUGCAAAUGUAAUGCAAUUUUUCAUCCUGUUUAUACAUUUCUUUUCAUUUCACUUAUUGUUGCAUUGUACUUAAAGCGCAUAUACUUAAAUAUUUAAUUGUGAUCAGUGUGUGCUGUACACACAUUUCUAUAAAGCGUUUACCAAAAAUAUUUAUUUUUAUUCCAUCGGUGCAUAUUCUAUUUAAUACAUUAGGAACAGAUAGAUGAACUAUGAAAUUAAUAUCUAUUUACAACGAUUAUUUUAACUCUAAAGCUAUACGAUAUUCUAUUUCUAAUAUAUCUUUUUUUUUAUAAGUUAGAAAUAUGCGUCCUUGAGCACACAUUUUGUGCUUUUUUUAUCCUCAGUUUUUUAGCAUUUAUCUAUUUCGUUUUCACGAGAGGAGAUUACAAAUUUAUGAGAAGGAAUAUAAUUCAUAUAAUAUUGCACAUACAGUAAAAUAUCAUGCUGAAGAAGUUAGCAUAAUAGUGAUAUUAAACGCAAUAAUAAAACCUUAGAGUUAUACAUUUAUAAGGCCGGUAUAAUUAAUGCACAGAAUUUUGUUUUAUAUUCGUUAUACAUUAUUAUACCUGGCAAGUAAAUCAAAUUAAUGUUUAUGAUCAAAAUCAUGGAUGUUGCCAUCACUAACCAGUGCAGAUUUGUAAGCAUUGAACUUGCGGGACAAUACAUAUUGUUAGAUGUGUUACAGAUUGCAACGGCAUUAAUAACUUUAUACCGUAGCACAAAACAAUGUUUCUUGAUGCCUAAGAAAAUAGAAGUUCAAUUAUUCAAUUUUCUUAGAUACUAGAUAUUUUGAAGAAUCUUUAUGAUGCAAAAUUUUCUUGCCGUUGCAUUCUUAUCACAUCUUAUAUCAUUCCUUAAAUGACAUAUGGAAUUAUUUUUCCAUUAGGCCAAACUUUAACACAACAUUGCUUUGUACACGAGAGAAUAUUUUUUACUCUUAAAACUUUAUCCGCUUGUGUUCUAUAUACACUGUUAUAAUAGCAUUAAAUCCGUAAAGUCUAUUGCAAUAUGCAUUAAUUUAGAUUAAAGACAUCUAAUGUUCUUUCACAAUGUGGAAAGAUACAUACAACUGAUUUUAUAUAAAUUAUAAAAGUAUUAAAGAGUAGUAUUAUAUUAUACAAGACUGAGAAAUAGUUGGUGUAAUGAGUGGUAGAAAAUAUCUACAAUACUAGAAUGUAUAAUUUAUGUACAGGCCUAUGCGAAACUUGGAAAUGGAUCAUUUGUAAAAUUUUUGGUUCGUCUGUCUACUGAGCACAUCUCAAAAAAGUUGGCGUCAUUAUCUACCAUUAACAAACACGCAAACGAAAAUAUUCUUUUGGUCUUUUCUUUGCUUGAGGUAUGUAGAAAUUUUACAAUAGUUAACUGCAUCAAAUAGACAGUAGAAGCCUUAAUAAAAUACUGUAUACAAAAACUACUUGUAGAAAGUGAUACUAAGACUCAUUGAAUUAUGAGAUAAUUUGCGUAUAUCGUUUAGAUAUUUUACGCUUUACGCAAAUAUAACGGUAUACAAAACAAUUGAAUUUAUAUUCCUCUGUAACUGGAUUUUACGGCUCCAGGAAAUUCAUAAAUUGUAAUAUCUUCAAAAAAGUGUAUUCAUAAGAUAGAGAGCCGUCAUUAUAUGUAUACUACGAUCAGUACGUGUGCGUUCGCGCGCGCUUACGUAAAUAUGUAUAACGAAUGUGGAAUUGCAUGCACUUGAGCAGGAGAGAAUGUGUCGAGUGCUAAAUCUUCUUGCAUAUACUAAUUUAUCUAUCGGGAGUGAUUUUCUAUUUCGCUUAAUUUUCUAUAGGUUUUUUUAUAUCAGUGUACUCGAGGCAUUAUUGUAUAUGAUGAAAUCAGAUUUAUAAUAAUUUAUAUUUUGAAUCACAGUGAUCAAGUAACUUAAAUUUUUUCUGUCUUAAGUAUCAUGUGUGAAGUAGAAAGUUACUCGUAUAAACACGUGCUAGUCAAGAAUCAAGUACUAUAUUGUAGUCAUUAUAUAUUUUUACUGCAAAGAAAUUGUAUAUUAUGCAUAGCUUAAAAAUUGAGCACAUGUCUACUGAUUCAUUUCAUUCUUGGAAUUAUUUCUCAAUUUUCGAAUUAUGGACCAAAUAUUUGUUAAUCUGCGAAAAUGAGGAGAGAAAUAUUA